AAUUUAUUUUUAGGUUGGCAAGAAGUACAAAACAUUCGAAAAUGAUUAUUCGUAAUAAAAAAAAAUAUUUUAUGCCAAUUUAGCAGUCGUUAAAAAAUGUCUACUUGCAAUUAAGUGUACAUAACUAUUGUUGCAAUGCCAUUUAAGAUGAGCAAAAACCUUUGUGCAUACGAAUAAAUCUGGAUAUAUUGAUAAGGAAGAAUAUCACAUUAGUGAGGUUCUAUAUUUCCCUAGUUCUCCAUCAACAAUUUGAUGUCAAUUAAAUAAAAUAUGAAUAAAUUACUGAGAACUGUUCGCUUGAACAACAAUAGAGAUGAAGUUAUAAAAAAGUCUAUAGUGGAUCAGCUUUCUAACAGCAUUAAAGAACUGCAAUAUAGUGGAGUAGAAGAGAACCGAUCUCAGCAUUGUGUCAAUCCUACAGAAGCGGCAAACCAAUUAUGUACAAUCUUAGAGGCACUUUUUCUACAUGGACUCAAAGAUUCAUUGAAAUAUCGCUUCCAAAAAGUUAUAGCAGAUGUAGAUACUAGACCUGAACCAAAUUUUUGGGCUCCUCUUCUGGUUAUAUCUCAUAAAGAAAUUAUUGAUCAGAUAAUGAAGUUAACGCAAAUCACAACAGAAACAGGACAGUGCCGUGCUUGGAUAAGACAAGCACUUAGUGAUUGCUUGUUAUCAUCAUAUCUUCUAACGAUGAGGCAGGAAAGUUCAGCUUUGAAAAACUUCUACAGAAUUGGAGCCUUUGUCCGUGAUGGCGACUUACUAGAUGUAGCUCAAAAAUUGAUAGAAGGUUUUGAAGGUUUCAAAACAGUAUCUCUACCUUGCAAUUCAAGUUUAUUGAAUACAUGGCCAGCUUCAAGUCUAUAUUUAGCUGGAAUUUGGGCUCCUACAUUGAAAACUUGUCCUUUGGCUCCUUGUGAUGAUGUUGCCCAGUCGAUUGAAAUAACAACAUCUCAGAGAGACAAUAUAUCAGACUCAAAUUCCCUCAGCUCUGCCAUUUCCAUCACAUCUCAGAGUUCUGGAUUUAGACAAAUGAUGGCUUUUAAUGAAGAUGAAGUACUGAAAAUGAUCUUGACCAAAACUGAUGAAAAUAAAUCUUCUUCCAAUAGUUCAAGUCCAAAAGAAACAAAGAAAACUCCAAAUAUUCCUGAAGUUAAACAGGAAACUAUCAAAGAAGAAAAAGUUCAAUAUAAUUUUGGAAAUUCUCUAAACAGGGGCACAGGAUGGUCUUUUGAUGAAAGUGUAGAUAAAGAGGAAAAUGCUUCCGCUCCCCAAGAAACCCCAGUACAGGAGCCUGUGAAACUUGUUGAAGAGCCAUCUACAUUAGAGGAUAGUUUCAAUGCUCUUCUUGAUAGUUAUAAUAUUGUUGGAGGAGAUUAUAUAAGGACACCCAAUUUGAAAGAUGUUUGGCAGAGAAUAGAUGAUAUGCAUAUGAAUGUAGUAAUUGAUAACAAAUCUUCGGUGAAAAAACAUGAAAACGGCAUCACCGAAACUGUUCCAAAUGUAGCAGCUCUCAAAAAUGAAUCCAAAGCUUUGGCUAUUCAGUUAGGUGAGAUAUGUAGAGAAAAAGGAUUGAAGAAUCAGAAUUUUGAAUGUUUGGGAUGUAAAGCUCCAUUCAUAUCCGACCAAAAAAUUAACGUUUGUGCCUUUACGGGAGACUACUAUUGUGAUAGCUGCAUGAGUGAUAAAAAUAUACCGAUUCCUGCUAGAAUUAUACAUAACUGGGAUUUCAACCCUUAUCCAGUUUCUCAGAGGUCUUAUAACUAUAUAAACGAAAUAAAAGAAAACCCUGUUAUUGAUUUCAAGAUUUUGAAUCCAUUCAUUUAUGGUGUUGUCAAGGAAAUGGCCGAAUUACAAAGUUUACGCAACCAACUGAACUACUUGCGUGCAUAUCUUUAUACUUGUCGAGAGCCCAUCAUUGGAGAGCUGCAGAAACUGCUUUAUCCCAGAGAAUAUAUGUAUGAACAUGUACAUAGUUAUUCUGUUAAUGAUCUUUCUGAGAUAUCUAAUGGGUCAUUGGCACAGUGUCUUCAACAGGGAAUUGAUUUCGGAAAAGAUCAUGUAAACACAUGCUGGUUGUGCAGUCAAAAAGGUUUCAUAUGUGAAGUAUGUAAUAAACCUAAAACUAUUUUUCCAUUUGAUGUAGAAAAUGUUUAUAGAUGUAAUUACUGCAAUGCUGUGUAUCACAAACAAUGUUUGACGAAACAUAAACCCUGCCCGAAAUGCAAGAGAAAGAAGGAAAGAGAAGAUUUAUCAUCAUUGUUAUGUGCAACUUUUGAUUAAUUUUACUAAAUCUUGAAUUUGUAUUAUUGUUAUUUAUUUUAACUUUAGUAAUAAACAUUUCAAUAAUAA